CUCAGGGCUCCGUGGGUUCGGUUGUGACUAGGAAGGAGCUAGCGGGUUAGAGGGAGGAGAAGGAGGUUUGCUAGAGGUUGGUCUUCGGCCGGGGCUAGGGUUUCCCCUCGGUGACAGCAUCCGUGGCCUCCGGAGGACCAUGUCAUUAGACUUUGGCAGUGUGGCACUGCAGACACAAAAUGAAGACGAAGAAUAUGACAAAGAAGAUUAUGAAAGGGAGAAAGAGUUGCAGCAGUUACUCACGGACCUUCCUCAUGAUAUGCUGGAUGACGACCUGUCUUCCCCUGAGCUCCACUCCUUGGACUGCAGUGAGGAUGGCAUAGAGGGAGAACCACAUCGUUCUGAGCAAUCGGAGAUGAACUGGAAUGUGCAUCGAGUGCUGCCUAAAUCUCAAAGUGACUAUAAUGAGAUUCAGGAUUUAUAUAUUGGAGAGAAAAGCGGCAAUGGCUGGGAGGAGAAUCAGAUUGAAACUGAAGGCCAGCAUCCUGGGUACCAUCCUGAAGAAGGUGGAGAUGAAGGUGGAAGUGGUUAUAGUCCUCUGAGUAAAUAUGAGCAGACUGAUUUAUAUCACCUUCCUGAAAACUUUAGGCCGUAUACCAAUGGUCAGAAGCAGGAAUUUAAUAGCCAACCAACCAAUGUAAUUAAAUUUUCAGAUCCUCAAAGGAAUCAUUUUCAGCAAUUUGGUACAUCACAAGGUCCCACUUGUCAACCUUUGGAAUCAUAUAAAGUGACAUAUAAACCUUAUCAGUCUUCUGCCCAGAAUAAUGGCUCACCAGCCCAGGAGAUAGCAGGAAGUGACACAUUUGAAAGCCUACAACAACAAUUUUUAGGAGCUAAUGAAACAGAUUCUGCGGAAAAUAUGCAGAUUAUUCAACUCCAGGUUCUUAACAAAGCAAAAGAGAGACAGCUAGAAAAUUUGGUUGAAAAGUUAAAUGAAAGUGAACGUCAAAUAAGAUAUCUGAAUCACCAGCUUCUGAUGGUCAAAGAUGAAAAGGAUGGUUUGACCCUUAGCCUUCGAGAAUCACAGAAACUCUUUCAGAGUGCAAAAGAAAGAGAGAUACAGCUUGAAGCACAAAUAAAAGCUUUAGAGACCCAAAUACAAGCGUUAAAAGUCAAUGAAGAACAGAUGAUUAAGAAAUCCAGAACAACUGAGAUGGCUCUGGAAAGCCUGAAGCAGCAGCUGCUGGACCUUCAUCAUUCUGAAGCACUUCAACGCACUAGAGAGCAGCACGAGAGCAUUGUCAUGGGCCUCACAAAGAAGUACGAAGAGCAAGUGUUGUCCUUACAAAAGAAAUUGGAUGCUACAGUUACCGCACUUAAGGAACAGGAAGACAUUUGCUGUCAUUUGAAAGAUCAGGUGAAACAACUGGAAAGGAACCAAGAGGCAACCAAGUUAGAAAAGACCGAGAUCAUUAACAGGUUGACGAGAAGUCUGGAGGAGAGUCAGAAGCAGUGUGCCAACUUGUUGCACUCAGGCUCAGUCCAGGAGGUGGCUCAGCUACGGCUCCAGCUGCAGCAGGCACAAAAGGCACAUGCUAUGAGUGAAAACAUGAACAAGGCUUUGCAAGAAGAAUUAACAGAACUAAAAGAUGAAAUUUCUCUCUAUGAAUCUGCUGCAAAACUAGGAAUACUUCCAAGUGACUCAGAGGGAGAAUUAAAUAUAGAACUCACUGAAUCAUAUGUGGAUUUGGGUAUUAAAAAAGUCAACUGGAAAAAAUCCAAAGUUAAGAGCAGUGUACCGCAAGAAGACCCAAAUGAAGUGAUGUCUAAAGAUGAGGUCAUCCUGAAGCUGAAAGCAGAAGUGGAGCGUUUGCUGGGCAGCAACUCGGUGAAGCGUCAUCUGGUGUCUCAGUUACAAAAUGAUCUCAAAGACUGUCGAAAGAAAAUCGAAGAUCUCCAACAGGUGGAAAAGGAUGAAAAAAGCAUCGAGGUUGAGACUAAAACAGAUACCUCAGAAAAACCAACUAAUCAAUUAUGGCCUGAUUCUUCUACUUCUGAUAUGAUUGUCAAAGAUGAUAUUCUGCGACUCAAAAAUGAAAUUCAAGUUUUACAACAACAAAAUCAGGAACUUAAAGAAAAUGAAGAAAAACUGAGAAAUGCAAAUCAAGACUUGUGUAAUCAAAUGAGACAAAUGGUACAAGAUUUUGACCGUGAUAAACAAGAAGCUGUGGACAGGUGUGAGAGGACUUACCAGCAGCACCACGAAGCCAUGAAAGCCCAAAUACGUGAAAGCCUGUUAGCAAAGCACGCUUUGGAGAAGCAGCAGCUCUUUGAGAUCUACGAGGGGACGCGCUUGCAACUGAGGUCUGAAUUAGAUCAGAUGAACAAGGAGAUGGCUGCUGUGCAGGAGUGUUACCUGGAAGUGUGCAGAGAGAAAGAUAAUCUAGAAUCGACUCUCAGGAAGACCAUUGAAAAGGAGCAACAGACUCAGGAGAAUAAGAUCAAACAAGAACUCAUUCAACAGCUUGAAAAGGAGUGGCAGGCUAAGCUGGAUCAAACUAUAAAGGCAAUGGAAAAGAAGACCUUGGAUUGUUGCAGCCAAACUGACCAAGUAACCACCAUUGAUGUUAUUUCCAAAAAAGAGAUGGAAAUCAUGAUAGAAGAGCAGAAGCGAAAGAUCCAGCAAGAUUUAGAGCAAGAGAAGGAAAUAGCUAUCAAGGGGGGCUUGAAGAAACUCGAGGUUGAGUUGGAACGCAAAUAUUGUGACAAUAUUGCCAAACAGGUAGAAACAGCUGUGCAAAAUGCUCAUCAUCGAUGGCUGGAAGAAAUGCCUGAGCUUGCAGAGUAUAAAGCAUGUGUCAGAGCAGAACAGAAGAAGUGGGAAGAACAGCAAGAGAUCUCUGUGGCCAAACGGAUAUUGUUUGCUGUUUCUGAAGCUAAGGAGAAAUGGAAAAGCGAGCUUGAAAAUGUGAAGAAAAAUGUCAUCCCUGGAAAGGAAUUGGAAGAGAAGAUUCAUUCUCUUCAGAGAGAGCUCGAGUUAAAGAACGAGGAAGUCCCUGUGGUUGUCAGGGCUGAGCUGGCAAAGGCCCGGAGUGAAUGGAACAAAGAAAAGCAAGAAGAAAUCCACAGAAUUCAAGAACAAAAUGAGCAAGAUUACCGGCAAUUUUUAGAUGAUCAUCGAAAUAAAAUUAAUGAGGUACUUGCGGCAGCUAAAGAAGAUUUUGUGAAACAAAAGACUGAACUCCUUCUUCAGAAGGAGACAGAGCUACAAACAUGUCUAGAACAGAGUCGUAGAGAAUGGACCAUGCAGGAAGCCAGGCGGAUUCAACUGGAAAUCUCUCAGUAUGAGGAAGACAUCCUAACUGUACUUGAAUUUCUCUUAAAGGAUGCCCAAAAGGAGCAUGUCAGUGGUUCAGAGAACAAGCAACUUUUGGAACUCCUGUCAACUUGUUCUUCAAAAUGGGUGUCUGUACAAUAUUUUGAAAAAGUAAAGGCCUGCAUACAGAACGCGUUUCAAGAUAUACUCUCCCUACUUGUAGAAAGCACCAACUCAGAAUGGGAAAAGACAAAUAUGGCCAAGAUCUCUGAGGAUCCUGCUCCAGGGGUGACUGUCAGGGGAGACCCCAGCGUCCCUGCACCCACUUCUGGAUACCACGCUCAGCCCCUGGCCUUGCAGGAAACAGAAGCAGAAGCUGAUAAGAAAAAGACCCUUGAAAUUAAAGAUUCAUACUGUGGACACUGCUUCCAAGAACUUGAAAAGACAAAGCAGGAAUGUCAAGAUCUGAAAAGAAAACUGGAGAAAUGCUGUAGGCAUCUUCAGCAUUUAGAAAGGAAGCACAAAGCUGUAGUGGAAAAAAUUGGAGAAGAGAAUAGUAAAGUUGUUGAAGAAUUAAUAGAAGAAAAUAAUGACAUGAAGAAUAAAUUGGAGGAACUGAGAACACUUUGUAAAAUACCACCAAGGUCACUGUCAGAAGGGGCCGUUGAAAAUGCUUCCCUGCCAUGCAGUAGGGUGGCCUUGGAAGAGCUUCGUGGGCAGUGCAUUAAAGCUGUAAAAAAAAUUAAGCGUGACAUGCUUCGUUAUAUUCAGGAGAGUAAGGAAAGAGCUGCGGAAAUGGUAAAAGCAGAGGUACUGCGGGAACGUCAAGAAACUGCCCGAAAGAUGCGCAAAUAUUAUUUGACUUGCCUCCAACAGAUUUUGCAAGAUAAUGGAAAACAGGAAGGGGCUGAGAAAAAGAUUAUGAAUGCUGCUAGCAAACUUGCUACAAUGGCAAAAUUGCUGGAAACACCUAUUUCUAAUAGAUCCCAGAGCAAAACUACACAGUCAGGAGAACUGGCUCUGACUUCAGAGAUGCUGAUUGGAGUUGAAAAAUCAAAAAGAAAUGAUGUGAAUCAGGAUAUACCAUGUCACAUUGAAAGCAAAUCAAAGAGUGUAAAAGCCAGCCCCAGGCAUAUGUGCGACCAAGUUCCUAGGAGGAGGGCUGCUUGUAACUUAGAAAGGCGGUUGGAGGACGCAGAGCACCGGGAUGUACAACAUGUGGGUUCCAAAGGGUCACAUUCAGACUUUCAGUCCGGGGAUAACAGUUACAAACACCUAGACAUUUUGCCAAGGAAUGUUCCUCCUGAGUUUGUUCCUUGUGAAGGUGAAAGAGGCUUCGGUUUGCGCAAGAAGACAGACCUCCUCGGUGAUGCUGGCUCCGGAUCACUUCUGCCUUCAGCCGCAUACCCCUUUCUUGGAUCCUUAGGAAAUAAACGCUCACCUAGAUAUACCCCUAGUCAUUCUGAGUCUGGAUCCACACAUACAACCUUUCGAGGUCCUGAUGAAAGACUUGGUUUAAAAGUAUAUAAGUGUAACCCAUUAAUGGAACGUGAAAAUGCUACAUCUGAGAAAAGUCAAAGUUUGGGUGUUCAGGAAGCUCCAGUAAAGGAUGGAGGGGACCUUAGUGACUCCAUAGGCUGGCAUUCCAACAGUGCCACUUUACCCUGCGACAGCCGUGAAGGGUCAUUUUCACAGGGUAGGCCACAAGAAACUCUGGAUACACUGGCUGAAUCUGUUAAUUUCAGACAGUUUCCGGCAGCCAGUUGUCUUUCAGAUCCAGGGAAAAAUAACACGAUUAGUCGACCAGUGAAACAUCAGAGUGGUCACGCUCCAGACCCGUCAGAGGCAACCACCUCUUCCCAGCCAGGGAAAAUCAGUGUGACUCUUGGCCAUCCGCCGCCCCAUCAGGCUGAUACAUUAAAGUCAGACUUCAAAAAACUGAGCAGUACAGGAUGGUCUUCAGUGUGUCGGCAGCCUGCGAAAAGAUUAAUCCCUCUUCUGUCUAGCCAACAAGAUAGUGGCUUUGAUAGCCCGUUUGUCAAUCUAGACUAAUUGUACAGUAUUUAAGAAGAAUCAUUAAUAUAUUCACAAGAACACUGGAAGAGAAGACUUCAUACUGAAAAAUUUGUGGGCUUUGCCUAUUUUGAGAUGUUUUAAUAACAUCUGACUAUCAUGAGUAAAGUAUUCUCAUAAAAUAACUUGAGAUAUUAAUGUCGCCUUAAUCUUCCAAAGGCCUGAUGGUGUGUGUGUAAUCUGCUUGUGUGUAGUGCUUAUAUUUGUUUGCUAAAUCAUCUAUUUUUAUACUUAUGAUUAUAUUAGUUCUCCAUGCAGUGUUAAAUUAUUUAAAUAAACUUGCGUAUGGUCUGUAGAAUUGUUAUACAUUAUUUUUUCCUUCAUAAUAUAGAAAUGUUAUAUUGACAUGUUUGAAGUUCAUCCAGAAAAAAAGAGAAACUUUGAUGAUUGGUGUGUAUGAUCAGCCAAAUUUAAUUUUUGAAAUUAGCCAUGUUUAAUGAAGCUAUAGAUUUACUUUAGACAUACUUUUCCUGGAAAUAUCUACUCAAAAUUUUGAUUCUUUCAUUUGGGAAAAGAGGUUUUGCCAAGA